GGACUGCUGGGAAGGCCGGCGGGAUGGAGGCGGUGGAACCUGCUCACGGCUGCUGGUCGGGGUGAAGCGGGGCGGGAGCCGGAGCUGGAGCGGGAGGCGGGCCCGAGCGGGAGACGCAGGUCCACGCGGGCCGAUCGGGCCGGGAGAGGGGGGGCUCUGGGUCGGCCUAGGGGAGGGGUCGUCUUGGGCGCGGCCUGUGAGAGGGCCCGGCCAGCCCGCGGGGAGGGGGCGCGGUCCUGGGUGGCCGGGGGCGGGAGCUCGGCCUUUUCAGGGGAGGGGUCCGCAUGAUGUCGUGCUGGCCUAUGGGGCGCGUCCUGGGGGGAGGGGGGGACGAAGAACCCGAGAUCUCAGCUCCUUAGGGGAAGGGUCUUCCCAGGGUCGAGCUGCCCAAGAGGAGGGGCUCUGUGGCUCGGCCAGCCUGUUGGGAAGGGGGCUGCCCGAGGGGGGCUGGGGCCGGAACUCCCAGAGGGACGGUGUCUCCGCACGGGAGUGAACCCCCCAAGAUCCCCGUAGGUCCGUCCUCUGGCGCGCCCUGCUCUGGCUAAGGGAGUCUCCAGGGAAGCCCCGAGACUGGGUCGCCUAAGCCGGCCUGAGCCAGUGGUCUGGGCCGAAUCCGGGUCCAGCCUCGCCGGUCGCACCGCAUUGCGUCUCCCGGGCCAAGACGAGCCGGGCGCGCCCCCUGUAGGGCGAGCGCGGGCACGGUGCGGGCUGCUGCCUGGGGGACGGGGCACCCCGGGGACCCAGGCGUCCGGGGACCCUAGGUGUUUACCUAAUCCGGGGCGGACGGCGGCGUGGCCCCAGGCCCGGCAGCCCCUGCCCGCCCUCUCGUCUUCACAGGCGGCACGGCCAUGGCCACGAUGGUGCUUCCUCGGGAGGAGAAGCUGAGCCAGGAUGAGAUCGUGCUGGGCACCAAGGCCGUUAUCCAAGGGCUAGAGACCCUGCGCGGGGAGCACCGUGCCCUUCUCGCUCCCCUCGUCGCUCAUGAAGCUGGUGAGGCAGAGCCUGGCUCACAGGAGCGCUGUGUCCUCCUGCGCCGCUCCCUGGAGGCCAUCGAACUGGGGCUGGGGGAGGCCCAGGUGAUCUUGGCGCUGUCGAGCCACCUGGGGGCCGUAGAGUCGGAGAAGCAGAAGCUGCGGGCUCAGGUACGGCGCCUGGUGCAGGAGAACCAGUGGCUGCGGGAGGAGCUGGCAGGGACGCAGCAGAAGCUGCAGCGCAGUGAGCAGGCCGUGGCCCAGCUCGAGGAGGAGAAGCAGCACUUGCUGUUCAUGAGCCAGAUCCGCAAGCUGGACGAGGACACGUCCGCCAGCGAGGAGAAGGGGGACGUCCCCAAAGACUCUCUGGAUGACCUGUUCCCCAGUGAGGAGGAGCAGAGCCCAGCCCCCAGCCCUGGAGGAGGAGACGUGGCUGCCCAACACGGGGGCUAUGAAAUCCCAGCACGGCUCCGCACCCUGCACAAUCUGGUGAUCCAGUACGCCUCUCAGGGCCGCUAUGAGGUGGCUGUGCCACUCUGCAAGCAGGCCCUCGAGGACCUGGAGAAGACGUCAGGCCAUGACCACCCUGACGUGGCCACCAUGCUGAACAUCCUGGCGCUGGUCUAUCGGGACCAAAACAAGUACAAGGAGGCUGCACACCUGCUCAAUGAUGCCCUGGCCAUCCGCGAGAAGACGCUGGGCAAGGACCACCCAGCUGUGGCGGCGACACUGAACAACCUGGCGGUCCUGUAUGGCAAGCGGGGCAAGUACAAGGAGGCUGAGCCCCUCUGCAAGCGGGCACUGGAGAUCCGGGAGAAGGUUCUGGGCAAGUUCCAUCCAGACGUGGCCAAGCAGCUGAGCAACCUGGCCCUGCUGUGCCAGAACCAGGGCAAAGCCGAGGAGGUGGAAUACUACUACCGGCGGGCACUGGAGAUCUACGCCACACGCCUUGGGCCUGACGACCCCAACGUGGCCAAGACCAAGAACAACCUGGUGUCCUGGGCUAGAGGGGGCUGGAGGAAGCAGGGGGUAGGGAGGAGAGGAAAAGGCUUGACUCCUUGCAUCCUGCUCACCCUCUGGGCCCUGCCCCUCCAGGCCUCCUGCUACCUGAAACAGGGCAAGUACCAGGAUGCAGAGACCCUGUACAAGGAGAUCCUCACCCGCGCUCAUGAGAAGGAGUUCGGCUCUGUCAGCGGGAACAACAAGCCCAUCUGGAUGCACGCAGAGGAACGGGAGGAGAGCAAGGAUAAGCGCCGGGACAGCACCCCCUAUGGGGAAUAUGGCAGCUGGUACAAGGCCUGUAAAGUAGACAGCCCCACGGUCAACACCACGUUGCGCAGCUUGGGGGCCCUGUACCGGCGCCAGGGCAAGCUAGAAGCCGCGCACACGCUGGAGGACUGCGCCAGCCGCAGCCGCAAGCAGGGCCUGGACCCUGCAAGCCAGACCAAGGUGGUGGAGCUGCUGAAAGACAGCAGCGGUGGGCGCGGAGACCGCCGUGGCAGCCGAGACAUGCCUGCGGGUGCCGGGGCUCGGUCUGAGGCUGACCUUGAGGAGGCAGGGCCUGCAGCCGAGUGGAGCGGGGACGGCAGCGGCUCCUUGCGGCGCAGUGGCUCCUUCGGGAAGCUCCGAGAUGCCCUGAGGCGCAGCAGUGAGAUGCUGGUGAAGAAGCUGCAGGGUGGUGGCCCCCAGGAGCCCCCAAACCCCAGGAUGAAGCGGGCCAGUUCCCUCAACUUCCUCAACAAAAGUGUGGAAGAGCCAGUCCAGCCUGGAGGCACAGGCCUCUCUGAUAGCCGCACCCUCAGCUCCAGCUCCAUGGACCUCUCCCGACGAAGCUCCCUUGUGGGCUAAUCCUGAAGGAGCAGCCGGUCGCCAGAGCCUCCACCCGGCACCAUCCCCACCCCAGCCCUGCGCAUGGGCCUGCUGCUUGCCCCUCCUGUCUCUCCCAAGGACCCCUGUCUUUUCUGUUCAAUCUCAGGGUAACCUCCUCCCUUGUCAUCUCAGCCUGAGCCCUGGAGGCUGGGCCUGCCCACUCCAGUUCUACCCCUUAUUUAUUCCUUCCAGCAGGGCCCCCUCUUCCCUAGGUUCAGGGCCAGCGGAGGGGCUGGCCGGGGUCUCCAAAGGUAGAGAGAGGCUCAGGGGCCCCCCCCUCCGCAGACCCCAAAUCCAAGAACACUAAGCACCUGUCGUCCCUUCAGCACCCUGCCCUCCCCCGGCCGUUGCUUCUGUAUAUAGAGAAAUAAGUUAUUGGCCGCACUCCUCCUCUCAGUCCUUGGUACUAUCCGGCCUCUCACCCCACCCUUCUCUAGUGGUACCGCCCAGGCCUUAAUCACCCCCAUUCCGCGCGGUGGUAUCUCCCAGGCUCCACAUCUCAGGGGCGGUGCCUCCCCAAAGGGUUCCCUAGGCAUUCUCGCUUUCCUCCCGGCCUCUGAAUGGUGCGCCCUGCCCCGUGCCCCAGGACGGAGAGCCCACCCCCUGUCCGUCCUCUCACCGCCGGGCUCUGCCCUGCAGCCCGGUCUUAUGCACUGCUCCUCCCGCCCAGCCUGCCCAGGCUCGGCCUGACCCCGCCCCGGGCACCGCCCGUAGAGCCAUCCUGCCACGCCUCCUCCCACACCUGCAGCUUCUUGCUAGGGGCAGUGAUGGACCCCUGUGGCAGGAGGGGCUGCCCCAGUUGGGAGGUGAGGCGGUCGCUCUCUAUUUUCAAAUGUUGCUGUAGAAAUAAAGACAGUUUGACUCUGA